GGCAAGAUCUUGCUGUCGCCGGGGGACGCUAAGGGAGAGGAAUGUGAGAGGAUCCGGAUCUCUAUUUUCUCUAUUUCUCCAGAAGUCCAGCGAGAGUCGAAUCCCACCAUCAUCCCUCCUCCUUCAUCCUUCCAAUCGCAGGCCGCCGAGGGUGUAUUCGAAUCCUUCCCUUCUUCCUCUGUUUGUGCGUUGCUGUGCGGGAUGUUGCUGUAGGUCCUCUCAUUCCUUUCCCUGUUCCUGCUUUAUUGUCGAUUCCUUCUUCUUCUCCCUUCCUCGGCGUCAUUUAAGUUGAUUUUUCUAACUGAAUUUUUUCCACCCAAUUCUCCAUCACCAACACCUAAAUGGAUCUCCUUCAGAACUAUGGAGAUCAAAACGAUGAUGGCGCGGCUGAAUCUGAUAACCACGACCAACAAAACCCUAAUUCCUCCCCGGAAUCCUCCCCGCCCCGCCUUCUUCCUGCCAAAUCUGCCGCCCCCAAGGUUGAUGACACUAUGCUUGCCGUCACCGUCGCUCAAUUCAACCAAAGCCUCACAAAACCCAUUGACCCCAACCAGCAUGUUGUCCCCUUCAACCCCACCUACGACCAGCUAUGGGCACCUCUUUAUGGCCCUGCGCAUCCAUAUGCCAAAGAUGGCAUUGCCCAAGGCAUGCGCAAUCACAAGUUAGGUUUUGUAGAGGAUGCCUCUAUUGAGCCCUUUGUCUUUGAUGAGCAGUAUAAUACUUUCUACAAGUUUGGCUAUGCUGCUGACCCGUCAGCCUCUGCUGGGUAUAAUUAUGUUGGGGACUUGGAGUCACUUCAGAAGAAUGAUGCAAUUUCAGUUUACAACAUACCGCAGCAUGAACAGAAGAAAAGGAAGCUUGAAAAGAAGAAAGAAUCAAAGGACAAUGAGGAUGUAGAGGGAGAUGAUGUUGACAUGACUGAGGUUGAUAACCCAGCCACUGAUACAUGGUUACUGAAGAAUAAGAAGAGCCCAUGGGCGGGUAAAAAGGAAGGGCUGCAAACUGAAUUAACUGAGGAGCAGAAGAAAUAUGCUGAAGAGUAUGCCAAGAAGAAAGGAGAAGAAAAGAGUGGAUUUGGAGGUGAGAAAGGUGAGGUUGUCAAAGAUAAGAGUACUUUUCACGGGAAGGAGGAAAGAGAUUACCAGGGUAGGUCUUGGAUUGCACCUCCAAAGGAUGCAAAGGCUAGUAACGAUCAUUGUUAUAUUCCCAAAAGGCUUGUGCAUACAUGGAGUGGGCAUACCAAGGGCGUAUCUGCUAUUCGGUUCUUCCCUAAGUAUGGGCAUUUGAUUUUGUCGGCAAGCAUGGAUACAAAGGUGAAGAUUUGGGAUGUGUUCCAUUCUGGUAAAUGCAUGAGAACGUAUAUGGGUCAUUCUAAAGCAGUCAGGGACAUUUGUUUUAGUAAUGAUGGGACAAAGUUUUUGAGUGCUGGUUAUGAUAAAAAUAUCAAGUAUUGGGAUACGGAGACAGGUCAAGUGAUAUCAACUUUCUCAACUGGGAAAAUCCCUUAUGUGGUCAAGCUUAAUCCUGAUGAAGAUAAGCAAAAUGUUUUGUUGGCUGGUAUGAGUGACAAAAAGAUUGUUCAGUGGGAUAUGAAUACUGGGCAAAUAACACAAGAGUAUGAUCAGCAUUUGGGGGCUGUGAAUACCAUCACAUUUGUUGAUAACAACAGGAGAUUUGUUACUUCUAGCGAUGACAAGUCUCUCCGAGUAUGGGAAUUUGGUAUUCCUGUGGUUAUUAAGUACAUUAGUGAACCACACAUGCAUUCUAUGCCAUCCAUUUCCCUUCAUCCUAACUCCAAUUGGCUUGCUGCACAAAGCUUGGAUAAUCAAAUCCUUAUAUAUAGCACUAGGGAGAAGUUUCAACUUAACAAGAAAAAGAGGUUUGCCGGACACAUUGUUGCCGGAUAUGCGUGUCAGGUGAAUUUUUCCCCAGAUGGGCGCUUUGUCAUAUCUGGAGAUGGGGAGGGUAAGUGUUGGUUCUGGGAUUGGAAGAGUUGCAAAGUAUUCAGGACUCUUAAGUGUCAUGAAGGUGUUUGCAUUGGAUGUGAGUGGCACCCUUUGGAACAAAGUAAGGUAGCAACAUGUGGCUGGGAUGGAUUGAUAAAAUAUUGGGACUAGUUUCUCUUGGAGUCAGUUUGCAGAAGCAGAGUAGACAGGAUCAGCUGGAGAUGAGAGGGAAGAAACAGCUAAUUACAUUGUAUUCAAAUGUUAGCAUCAUGUAUUUUAGUUUCCAAAUUUUGUAGUGCUUGGUGUUAUAGAAGUAGAUUUCUUUUCAAGAUGCUUACUUUGGACUGGAAUUUUAUAUUACGAAAAAGCAUAUGUGCUGUAACUUAUGUCCUUACUUUCAUUUUCUCAAUUAAAAGUUUACAGUAUCAGUAACAUUAUAAGUAGGUGAUUUUAGCAGCUCAAUAUGACGUUGGGUUUUUUGAA